CACAAGCGCGCCACUUCCGGUCCAACGGCCAGGCCUUGGGGCGAAGGUGGAUCCGCCCCGGAAGUGACGCCAGCCACGGAGCCGCCUCCUUCCGGGUCCGGUCAGCUGGCGUGCAUACUAGCAACAUGAAGCUGCUCACCCACAACCUGCUGAGUUCCCACGUGCGGGGCGUGGGGCCCCGCGGCUUCCCGCUGCGGCUGCAGGCUUCCGAGGUCCGCGUCAACCCCGUGGAGUUCAAUCCCGACUUCGUGGCGCGCAUGAUCCCCAAGGUGGAGUGGUCGGCGCUUCUGGAGGCGGCCGAAACCUUGCAUCUGACCGAGGUCCCCAGCGCGCCGGCGGAGGGAUACGAGCGGGAUGAAGAAUUCCUGAGGAAGAUGCACCACGUGCUGCUGGAGGUGGACGUGUUAGAGGGCACCCUGCAGUGCCCCGAGUCCGGAAGGCUCUUCCCCAUCAGCCGCGGAAUCCCCAACAUGCUGUUGAACGAUGAGGAAACGGAGACUUAAGCCGGCCAGCCACCGAUUCCAUUCUGUGACCUUGUAGCUCUGCCGUGCCCCUUGUAUGUUGGCUGCCUGCCUGUCGUUUGCAUCCACGACCCUCGACCCAGUGACACGCGCAACAUGAGUGUCCUUGAGCUUGACAGCAUAUAUAUUUUUUUCUCAUUAAAGGUUCAAAACCAAAA